AUGCCUCUUUUUUUUUUUGUGUGUGUGUGUGCGUGUGCUUUGGCUCAUGGCUGUUGCUGCCUUGCGCUUUUGUGGCAGUGGGAGGUGGAUGGGGUGUGCGUGAGUGUUGUGCACGAGUCGGCAUCCCUCCCUGAUGGCAUGUUGUGUGCGCGCCCAAGCCCGCGCGGAGGCGAAGAGAGCGGUGAGAAUGGGGAAAAAGUGAUGUGCCGCGCGCAGUCGCACCCGCAGCUUAUCACUGUCAUUCUGAGUGGGAGGACAGCGGCGCGACGGUGUCAAUGCUCGGAAGUGGAUGGACGGAAGAACACUGAGACCAUUAAC